CCCAAUCCACAAGAAAAUAAUUAUAUCAUAGACAAAAAUGGCAAGGAUGAUGGAUACCAACAUUGUGAUUUUGGCCAUGAUUGGAAUUCUAGUGUUUUUUGGUGCCAACAAGAAUGUUGUUGCUGGCCAGUGCCUAGGAAUGCAGGGCCUCAUAACCCAAUGUGCUAUGUAUGUUGAAAAGUUUGGCCCUAUGAUGAAUCCAUCACCAGAGUGUUGCUACCAAAUCAAGAAUGCAGAUGAUUCAUGUCUAUGUCAGCACAUAACCAACGCAGUGCUACAAUUUAUUGAUUUGCAAAAGGUGAUUUAUGUUACUCAGUCAUGUGGAACCCCAAUACCCUCUGGAACCAAUUGUGGAGGUAUUACCGUGCCAUGAUCAAAUGGAGGAAAUUACCUUUACUUUAUAAUGUUGGUUCUUAUAAUAACCUCAUGGUUUAGG